UCUCCCCCAUCUUCUUCAUUGGUCUCAAAACCGCCACCUUCUGAGACGAGCGCAGCGCGAAAUAAGUUUCUUUCAAAUCCCAAAAAAUUAAUUACUCAACAGAAAUCAACAAUAAUUUGAAGUACUGAAAAACCAUAAUUUGUUUUUAAUUUUGAAAUUAUUAGUAGCAUCAUAGAUCAUAAUCAAAAACCUAGGGAACAAUUUCCGGUGUCGCAAUGGAUCUGCGGUUCCCCUUCUCGCCGGCAGAGGUUGCGAAGGUCUGCGUCGUCCAAUUCGGCAUACUCAGCCCCGAUGAGAUCAGACAAAUGUCAGUUGUGCAUAUAGAGCACAGCGAGACGACGGAAAGAGGCAAGCCGAAGAUCGGUGGUUUGAGCGACCCGCGUCUGGGGACGAUUGAUCGGAAGAUGAAGUGCGAGACUUGUAUGGCGAACAUGGCUGAUUGCCCCGGCCACUUCGGUCACCUUGAGCUCGCCAAACCCAUGUUUCACAUUGGGUUCAUGAAGACUGUGCUCAGUAUUCUCCGCAGUGUCUGCUUCAAUUGCUCCAAGAUUUUAGCUGAUGAGGUAUUGUACGUUUCCCGAGUAUUUAGAUUGAAGUUUAUGGACGCUUUCGGCUUAAUUAGUAUGAAUUUGUACAGUCAUCUUCACUUGAUUGAUAUUGGGUAUAGCCUAUAUUAGUAUGAAUUUUAGUAUGAAUUUGUACAGUCAUAUGAAUUUAGUCGUCUAGCCUAUAUUUUGUUUUUUUUUUUCUUUUUUUUUCUUUUUCUUUUUUAUGUGCAUAUAAUUUUUUUUCGAUGACUACCGAUUUAAAAUAUUUUAAUAUAUAUUCGAUCGUGGAUUUUGUUGUCUA